AUGAUUGUGGCAGAGGAAUUGCGCAUCAUGUUACUGGGUGCUAGAGGGUCUGGAAAAAGUUCCACCGGAAACACCAUCCUCAGGUGCAAUGCUUUUAAAUCAGACAUGCAGCUGAGCAGAGUCACACAGUUCUGUGAAAGAGCAUCUGGGAACAUCAACGACCGGCCCGUGGCCAUAAUCGACACGCCAGGUCUGAACAGGAUCGGCCAUACAGAAAGGGAAGUGACCCGAGAGAUCCUAAAGUCCAUCUCUCUGUAUACUCCAGGUCCACACGCGUUUCUGCUGGUUAUGCCUGUUGGGAACUUAACUAAUGAUGACAAAAGCAUGCAUAAACUCAUCGAGAGCAUGUUUGGGGAGAGUAUCUGGAAGUACACCAUCAUCGUGUUCACUCACGGAGAUCGUUUGGAGGGAAAGGCGCCAAAUGACGUCAUCGCGUGCUCAGACAAGGAGCUCCGCAGUUUCAUCCAUAAGUGCAGCGGAGGGUUCCUGUUCUUCAAUAACAAGGACGCGACAAACUAUGAGCCCGUGACAGAACUCUUGAAGAAAGUCGAGACCCUCGUGGCCAUCAAUGGAAAGAGCUGCUACACGUUGUCUUUUUAUCCGGCCUCAGAGAGGAAGAUCAGGAAGAAA